CGCAUCCAGUUAAUUCGACUUCUAAGCUCAUGAAACAAAUUCAUGAAAUUUUCCCACAUUAGGUUAUAUUUUGACGAUUUAUAUAUCCACAUUAUGUUAUUUUUCUAUGAUAUGUGAAAUUCACAUUUCACAUUGUUAUAUACGUGUCUUCCACUGAAAAGCCAAACAAUAUGACCCAAGUUUAGGAUUACCAUUCCGAUUUCACCCCUAAUAAACUACUUUUAUUUCCGACUGACUCCCUCCACCAACCACACCACCUAUUCCAACAAAACCAAUAAUGAGUAAUUUAUAGGAUCAUCUGCAUCGUCCUCUCCAGGAGCAGUCAUUGAUUAACUCCAAACAAGCUCCUAAAUCUUUCCACCUGUUUCUCUUCUUUUUCCAGUUAGUUUCUCUAUUACGGAUUAUGGCCGAUUCAGCGGAUCAGAAAGACAUUAUAUUUCGCUCAAAACUCCCCGAUAUCUACAUCCCCAAACAUCUCCCUCUCCACACUUACUGCCUCUCCAACAAAUCCCAGCAGCGCUCUCGUCCCUGCCUCAUCAACGGCCCCACCGGAGAUGUCUACACCUACGCCGACGUCGACCUCAAAGCCCGAAAGGUCGCCGCGGGCCUCCACAAGCUCGGCGUGCGAAAAGGCGAUGUUGUCAUGGUUGUUCUUCCCAAUUCGCCGGAAUUCGUCCUGACCUUCUUGGGAGCGUCUUAUCGCGGCGCCAUGACGACGGCGGGCAACCCCUUUUUCACCUCCGCCGAGAUUCUAAAGCAAGCUAGGGCUUCCGACGCGAAGCUCGUCGUCACGCAAGCUUGUUACUACGACAAGGUUAAGGAUUUGAAACUUGACAAUGAAGACGACAACAUCACGAUCGUGUGCGUGGACGCCCCGGUCCCCGAAGGUUGUUUGCAUUUCUCCGAGCUGACUAAUUCCGACGAGAACGCCUUGCCGGCGGUGGAUAUCAGCCCCGACGACGUCGUCGCGCUGCCGUACUCUUCGGGCACGACGGGGCUGCCGAAGGGGGUGAUGCUGACGCACAAGGGACUAGUGACGAGCGUGUCGCAGCAGGUGGAUGGGGAGAAUCCCAACUUGUAUUACGGCGAGGACGACGUCGUUUUGUGCGUGCUGCCGCUGUUCCACAUAUACUCGCUGAACUCGGUGCUGCUGUGCGGGCUGAGAGCUGGAGCAACGGUCGUGAUCAUGCCCAAGUUCGAGAUCGGGUCGCUGCUGGAGCUGAUUCAGAAGUACAAGAUCAGCGUUGUGCCGAUUGUGCCGCCGAUCGUGUUGGCGAUCGCCAAGUACCCGAGUCUGGAUAAAUAUGACUUGUCGUCGCUGAGGGUUCUUAAGAGCGGAGGAGCACCGCUGGGGAAGGAGCUUGAAUACACGGUGAGAGCCAAGUUUCCCAACGUCACGCUUGGACAGGGGUAUGGAAUGACGGAGGCAGGGCCAGUACUAACGAUGUCGUUGGCGUUUGCUAAGGAGCCCAUGGAAGUAAAACCAGGGGCAUGUGGAACUGUCGUAAGGAAUGCAGAGCUCAAAAUUGUUGAUCCUGAAACCGGCUCCUCCCUCCCACGCAACCAGCCUGGCGAGAUUUGCAUUAGAGGCGAUCAGAUCAUGAAAGGUUAUCUCAAUAAUCCGGAGGCUACAAAGAACACAAUAGACAAAGAAGGAUGGCUACACACAGGUGACAUUGGGUUGGUGGAUGAUGAUGAGGAGCUCUUCAUUGUGGAUCGCUUAAAAGAGCUCAUCAAAUACAAAGGCUUUCAGGUGGCCCCCGCAGAGCUUGAAGCCUUGCUUCUCACUCAUCCUCACAUCUCUGAUGCCGCUGUUGUCCCUAUGAAAGAUGAAGCAGCUGGAGAGGUUCCUGUUGCAUUUGUGGUGAGGGCAAAUGGAUCUCAGAUCACUGAGGACGAAAUCAAACAAUUUGUUUCUAAACAGGUUGUGUUCUACAAAAGAAUAAAUCGAGUAAUUUUCAUCGAGGCCAUUCCAAAGUCUCCAUCAGGCAAAAUCUUGCGGAAGGACUUGAGAGCGAAACUUGCCGCUGGCUUUCCUAACUAAUAAAUUAAUUACUACUCAAUGCUUCUCUUGAAAUUGUAUUUAUCAAUAUAUUGAAUUUUUCUAUGUGUA